AUGGCGAUUACUGUGAGACAGCUCUUCCUCCUCCCACUAGAGCUACGCUCUAUGAUCUACAACCAGCUCAUCUACACAGAAGGCGACACAAAGACCUCGCGCGUGGUCUGUGGGGGAACACUCAUCACUCUUUUGCAAUUCGUACGCCACCAUGAAGUCUUAUGGGAUGACUUGAAAGAAUAUUGCCUCGACAACCUCACCGUACGCAUCAGCGGCGAACCUGAGCUGCGAGCGCUGCUGGACCUAGCGAGCAAACAGACACUGCGAUCGAUCAAGACUGUGCACUACGACCUCACGAAGUGGUUGAGUGGAUUACAGGACAGCGAUCUAGAAGACGACAAUAUAAUAGAUCCGCUCCGCUACCUCCCCAAUCUCACCUAUGUCACAAUCCAGAUCAACGCCACCACGCCAAGACAAGUCGACACAAUAGGAAGAUGGAGCGAGAAACUCAUCCCGUACCCUACACGACCAGCGCAGUACACAUGUCCCCAUCUACAAUCCCUCGAAAUCCAAAGUACUAUCAGAGACGCAGCCGGCCAUGCCACAGUAGCCCUGCUAGCAGAAAGCCACCCCUCAGUUCAAGCCGCCUUCCGUCGAGCCCUCAGCGCCGGGGCCUCGAUUGCUCUCUCACCAUCAGCGAGUGGCGAGAUGACGCUCCAUCAAGCCGUGCUGGAAAACCAUAUCAUGACCCUCAACAACGAGACCGUAAGGAAGAUCUAUGAAGCACGCGGAACCAGGUGGCAAUAG